CCUCAAACGGGACGACAAUGACUUCACCUACAAUGACAACCAUCGAGGGACAAAACUUCACUUCUACUACUGAGACUAAAACUUCACCUCUAAACGACGAUGCAACAACAAUACCUCCAUCAAACGGAACGACAAUGACCUCACCUACAAUGACAAGAACUGUAAUGACAACUACCGAGGCACAAAACUUCACUUCUACUACUGAGACUAAAACUUCACCUCUAAACGACGAUGCAACAACAAUACCUCCAUCAAACGGAACGACAAUGACUUCACCUACAAUGACAACCACCGAGGGACAAAACUUCACUUUGACUACUGAGACUAAAACUCCACCUCUAAACGACGAUGCAACAACAGUACUUCCAUCAAACGGAACGACAAUGACUUCACCUACAAUAACAACCACCAAGGGACAAAACGUCACUUUGACUACUGAGACUAAAACUCCACCUCUAAACGACGAUGCAACAACAGUACAAUCAAUCCCAGAAGGGACAACCUACCCGAAAACAAGCGAAGCCUUAAAUUUUGAUGGCACAACUAUUGCUGGAAUUUCUACUCAAGUUUUAACAACCAGGAGCUGUGGACUGAACUGUGAAAACAACGGGGAACUGCUGAAAGAGUCCUGCGAGUGUUUGUGCCAGAGUGGAUUUGCCGGUGUCAAUUGCGAAGUCUCGACGGAGAAGAAUCCAUGUACGGAAAAUCCGGACCUAUGUCCAGAAAGGGGUCAGUAUUGUGAGAGCGACACCAAGAUCACGGAUGGGAAGGAAUAUGUCUGCAAAUGCAACUCACUGGAGGGCUACGUGCAGAAAGACGGCAAAUGCAUUGAGGAAGAGCCGUUUACGACCAAGCUCGACGUCACCAGAAUAGAUGGGAUAGAUGCUACGUAUAAGCCUGCACACCGUGACAUCAACUCCGCAGAAUCCAGGAAGGUUUUAGACGCCGUCAUUCCUGUUAUAAGAAUGUCGCUGAAGAACGACCCCGCCACAGAGACCGUAAUAGACGUUGUCGGCAUCAGGCUUGAGAACGGAAGCAUCGGAGUCACAACCAUGGUCAUUUUUCCAAAAGAGGAAAAUGUGAAGGAAGGAGACUUGACGAAGGUGUUGAAAAAAGAAAAGCUUGGCAAUGCCAGUGUGGAGAUAGAGCUUAAACAGGAGAAGUUCAACGUGAGCAAACCACAAAGUGCAGGUUGCUCUUCGAAGUAUUGCUCCAAUGAUGGAACGUGUCGCCUUGGUGGUGUAUUUCCAGACCUGAGGCCAUCAUGUAGCUGUGCCAGGGAUUUUUACGGUCCUACUUGCGACUCAGUAGUGCUGACACCGUUUAUCAUCGCCAUGAUCACCUUCGGUACCGUCGCCUUCCUGAUCCUGGCGGGGGUACUCGUGUUCUGUCUUUUCGUCCGGGCACGCGGGGGACGCCACAAGGCCGGGGAGAAGGUGAGUCGGGCGGACCGGCUAUACGCCUCGGCCUGGAAGACGGGUCCCGACAUCCUCAGCCAUUACCUCACGGAGGAGCUGGACGACAAGGAGGCUGACAGCGAGACCGAGCUCUCCUCUGUGAGCGACGAGCGCAUGGACCAACUGGUGAAAGAUCUGAAGGGCUCCAGCUUCCAGAUGAAGAGAGCAAAAAGCGUCUACCAGUGGGAGAGUGUCAAGUUCAACAAGCCCCCAUCACAGCCUCGUUACGCCGACAACCCAAGCAUGCUGGAACUAAAAAACAGCAGAGAUCGACGCUGGUAUACUUCCUCCAAUAUUUGACUUCGGCCAGAUCACUCGACUUCAACCAGACAACAGCAUGCUUGAGAGUUAACAACCUCAUUGAACUUUGGUUUGCAUGUUCAUUCAAUUUAAUUAAUUUCUGCCGUUUAAGCAAUUUAUAAUGCGCUGAAGCAGUAGCCAUCAUAUCCUAAAAGCAGGCAUGUCCAUAGCUUUUAUUGGCAACGUAAAAGCCGAUGCGAAAGCGAAACGAAUUUGACGUCACGCAAAAUCUGCAGCAAACAUUCGCUCGGAUUGAAAUGUGUCCAACUGUUGCAAAUUCGUAACGCGAAUAACGUCACAAAUUCGCGUCCGUUUCCUGCUUUCGCACGAAAUAUGAACUGCCCUUAAUCUCUAUUAAUUUCUCCCAAAACAAAUUGCAUGACAUUACAGUAUCACAGUGAUUGUAUAUAGCUGUACAAAAACGGACAAGGAUUAAUCAGAACUGAAGUAAUAAGGUCUGUGAUCCUUGCAGGGAGGAGCCCUUAAUUAAAUAACAACAAUUCUGUCUUAGGGUUUAUCUUCAAAUUGUGCCUUAUAUUGUGCCAUAUUGUUUAGUCCGUAAAUACUUGCACUGCGCUGUACAUCGCUUUUUGACAAUCCAACCGUAUUCAGAUUUUGUUCUACUAUUAUCAGUUAAGUAGCAGCGUAUAUACCCCUUUGUGACCGAAUAGGAACAUAAUAUAAUUAGAAAAUGUCUGGUCAUAUAUCCUUUGAUGAUCGGUCAUAUAUCCUCUACAACUUCGCCUUCUUUCUAGUCGCCUUUUGUAUAUUUUGCCAUAUCUUAAAAGGAGCUUUGAAAUGGGACCUAGGUGUACUAAUGAAAUGCGGAAGUCAUCAUAAUAAUCUGUGCGUUUGCAUGAGUUCCUAGUGCUACCUUUAUAUAUUUUGUUGAGGACGGUGCAUUUUUCAACAAAUUACCAGCAAUGGAUGUUAUCUUAAUGUACAUGGGCUAUUUUCAAAUGUAUGGAUUUUCAUUAGAAGGUUACAAGUCUAAUAAAAGAGACUAAAUCUCA